AUGAUUGAUUUGGGUUCUGCGCACCGAUUUACUGUAAGCCUUCUCCUCGCCGAGCUCGGUCGUUCACUCAGUGGAGCUGGUCAAUGCGGCGCUGGUAGCUGUGGUGGAGGCGAAUUCGGGCCUGAUGACUGGGAUUCAACCGGUGGUUAUCCUGGGGGCGGCAGCGGAGUCGCUGCCGGUUCUGGAAUUCCGAUUGUCGGUGGUACUCCUGGAGCUGGGGCUAGAGGUGCUGGUUCCACAGGACAUGUUGUAACGGCUGCAGGAAACUCAUUUGGCGCAUGGAGCGGCGCCGCUAGAAGUGGCGGCUUGGCUGGUGAUAGUCGAGAACUGAUUUCUCUUUGCGCUGGAUUCGCUCUGGGUCUUGUUCUGCUGCAGGUGAUUGUCAUUUUCGGGACAAAACAAUAA